AUGAUAGGAAAAAAUUUAAUUUUAAAGGCGACCCCGGACAUUCCACAGGCGAGUCAGAUAUGGAUUAUUAGCUUCCGGAAAAACGACAAGUCAUUUGCUGCUGUUUUUGCGGUAUGCCUACAGGCUACUGCUGUGUUAUACGAAGCCAUAUUAUGUCGCUUAUUGAAAAUAGUACCAGGCUCAAAGAAUGUUAAAUUGAUCGUCAGUGAUUUUGAGAGAGCAGCCCUUAAACCUUUCGCAAAUGUUCUACCUUUGGCAAGGCUGAUGGGGUGUUGGUUUCAUUUCAUCAAAGCAUCAUCUGAACACUGGAAGAAGCUGCUUGAAAAAUAUGAUCUACAUGAUGCCCCACGAGAGCCAAAAUACCUAUUGCGUUCCCUUCCACUACUGCCACAUUAUCAUGUUGAAAAAGGAAUCAAAAUAAUUUCUCAAAAAUGCUCUUAUUAUGAGAAAUUAUUUCCUGAUCUUCGUCAUUGGGCGGAUUAUAUAAAUAAUCAAUGGGGACGAAUUCCAGAAAUUGUGCCGAUGCAUAAUUGUUGCAUUCGCACCAACAAUGAUUCCGAGACUUACAAUCGACAAUUCACACCUCGAGCCGGAGGAGAAUUGCAUCUUGAAUUCUGGGAAACUUGCAAGAGAUACUGCGAGAUGAAGUGA